AUGGCGUCAGUGCAGAAAUCUAUUCUUGGGGAUUUGCAAGUAAACGACAUUAAGAAAGAGCUUGAGAAGAGAAAUCUUGACAAAACAGGAGUAAAAUCAGUACUCAUUGAGAGGCUUAAAAAGGCCAUUGUAAGUGAAGGAAAGGAUCCAAACACUUUCCGUUUUGAUGUGGUGGAUACAGCCACAACUGCAUCUGUAUUAAAGGGGGCUGAUGAAGCGGGUGACCUGGCCAGUAAAAAGACAGAUAAAGCAAAUGGAACAUCUGUGAGUGAAGGAUGUGACUCUGAACAGCUGCAGACUAGCGCAGUUUCCCACGUUGGAGAGAUUGGCAGCAAUGGUGCAGUUCCAGGUAACAUGCCAGUUGAGGGGAAGGAAAAUGGCUCACAGGGAAAGCCAAAUGCAAAUGCUUCUAGUACCAGUCAGGAUUCUGAGAGACCUUCGACGGCCAAGACAAAUACUGGCACCUCCAACAUUACCACCCCCGCCAAAGGGAAGAAGAGUCAGUCUUCCAUAGAAUAUGAAGGGGGAGAUGAAUCAUUUGUGGUACAAGAGGAUGACGUAGUAUUGAAUGAUAUUGAUUCAGAUCUUCUUGAUGGUGAAGGAAAAGCCCCAAACUCUGGCAGCACGGGAGAACCAGGAGUUUGUGGAGAUGCAAACAAUGGUGAACUGGACAGUACAGCUACGGCAGACACCUCCGCGAAUUUGCUGGAAAAUACGCAAGGCGAACAGACAACAGCUGGAAGCAAAGUCGGAAAGGACACCAGCGAGGCCAAGAGCUCUGCACAACCUGUAAAGAAAGAUGAGAAAGCUUCACAGGCUGGUCGCAAUCUGUGGGUGAGUGGACUCUCUUCCAGUACUAGAGCUGCAGAUUUGAAAACCUUGUUCAGCAAACACGGCAAGGUGGUUGCAGCCAAAGUUGUCACCAAUGCCCGCUCUCCAGUCUCUCGAUGCUUCGGACUUGUGACCCUGAGCUCAGCAGACGAUGCAACUAAAUGUGUUCAACAGCUUCACCACACAGAGUUUCAUGGGAGGAAGAUUUCAAUAGAAAGGGCACAGACAGAAAUCCAGGGAACCAAAGAGAAGAUAUUACCUCCAACUGGCCUCAGAUCUCCCACUAAACCUUCGGCCCACUCAUCAACACAGGGGUCCGAGACUAAAGCUCCUAGAAAGGAUGAUGAACGCCAUCACAGCCGAGCAUCUACUGACAAUGACAGAAAAAGAGAUGAAUUGAAAAUCAAGGCUGACGAAGUACGUGACCGGCUGAGGCGUAAAGAACAGUACCUGGAAAGAGAGAAGUACAAGCAGCGUAUGAUAGAGAGAAAACAGUGGGAAGAAGCACAGAAAAUUGAAAGAGAGCGAAGACACCUAAGAGAAAUGCGUGAAGAAUUAGAAAGAAGACAAAUGGAAACAGAGAGGCUAAGAUUGGAAACGGAGCGCUUACACAUGGAGAAAGAGCAAGAGAAAUACAGAAAACAACAAAGAGCUCUGCAGGAGCGCAGAGCAAUGAAACGUCGCGCACCACGAGAAGAAGAAUGGCCUAACAAACAUCCAGCAGCUGAGAGAUUCCAUGGAGGCGAGGGUUUUCGUGAACCCAGAGAAUUUAAUGGACGGGUUGAGGAGCGCAGAAAAUUCAGGGAAGAACGGCCACCUCCAAGAGAAGGAAGAGUGGCUAGGAAUGAUCGACCUCUCCGUGGUGGCCUUUCUAGGCACAACUCUCGUUCUGACUGGAAAUCUGAGAGAGGUACCUGGAAUGGCCCAAUUGAUAAUUCGAAACUAGACGAUGGCUGGGGCAACAGUGACAUGGGUCAAGGGGAUGGGUGGGACAAUGGAAUGGGGAUGUCCCAGUCAAGUGGGGGCUAUGCCUUACAGCAGGGACAAAUGAUAUCAGGCAUGGGGACCGGCACAGUGUUCAUAGCUCAACCAGCUGUUCAGACACCUUCCUCGAUGCACAACAACAUGAAUCGGCAGAGUGAUGGGCGGUUCGGCAUGGCUGCAGCUUCCGUUCGAAGGUAUUAG